AUGGAGAUGAACUAUGACGAAGGCGCUCUGCACCGGAUCGAGGAGGAGCUGGGGACGACCAUCUAUCCGGGUACGGAGAUCAUGGCUGAUGUCGGAACUCAUCACUUCGUCAAAUCCUCGGCCAAAUCCGACCGCGUGCUGGUUCCCCAGCCGUCGCAAGACCCGCACGAUCCAUUGAAUUGGAACCGCUUUUGGAAAAUGAGUGCCAUGGCCAUAUCCACGGCAACUUCAUUCAGUCAAGGCUUCGGCCCCCUCGCUCUGGCGCCCAUGUUCCCCCAAUUGAUGGCGGCAUUCAAUUCCGACCUGGCCAGUGUGGUACAGUUUACCGGUGUUUGUAUUUUGGUACUUGGUUUCAGCAACUUCUUCUGGAUCCCCAUUCAGACUUCCUACGGCCGACGACCGGUCCUAAUCUUCUCGACGUUGAUUUGUCUCGUCAGCAAUAUCUGGCGUGCGCUCGCCACUUCAUACGGCAGUUAUAUGGGCGCGUGUGUUCUCAAUGGAUUUGGUGCCGGUCCAGCCGAGACCUCUCAGCCCGAGAUCAUCACCGACAUCAUGUUUCUUCAUGAGCGUGGUGCGUACAACACAUUGUACUUUACAGCCUACUUUGGGUCGCUGAUGGUCGGCCCUAUUGUCGCUGGUCCCAUGGCGGAUCACGUUGGCUGGCGCAGCUUCUUCUGGUUGAACGUUGGCAUCCUUGGAGUGGUCCUGCUCUUCCAGAUCUUCCUCUUCCCAGAAACCAAGUGGCACCGAGUUCAUCCCGAUGAAGCCAGAAAUGAAAGACACGCCGAACCCACCUCUGAUGGUGAGCCUGAGAAGCCAGUCGAGGUCACCCAGCAGGAAAAUGUGACUGUGGAAAAUGCCACUGAGCGAGAUCCAUAUUUGCACCGUGGCACGCCCUCGAAGAAACAGUUCAAGCUAUGGCAGCUGGACGGAAACAACAUCAAGACCGUCCUGGUCAGCUUUUGGAUCCCAUGGAAGAUGUUGACCUUUCCCAUCGUCGAGCUCGCAGCCUUCGUGGUGUCCUGGUCGGCCAGUUGUUUCCUAACGCUGAAUCUGACGCAGAGUCAGGUCUUCGCGGUGCCUCCGUACAACUUCAACAGCCAAACGAUCGGCUUCUUCAACUUUGCCAUUCUCAUUGGAGCUUUCAUCGGCUUGGCCACCAAUGGCCUUCUCUCGGAUUGGAUCUCGAUGAAGUCCACUCGGAAGAACAAGGGUAUUCGAGAGCCGGAAAUGCGACUGCCGGCCAUGACAAUUUACGUGGCGAUCAUGAUCAUCGGAAACUUUGUCGUGGCCUUUGGAUACCAGUAUAAAUGGGAUUGGCGGGUGAUUGUCAUCGUCGGCUACACGGCCGCUGGAAUUCAAGUUGCCGCCCUCCCAGCCAUCGUCAGCACCUACGCCGUCGACAGCUACAAGCCCGUCGCAGGUUCGAUUUUCGUGUCCAUCACCGUCAAUAAGAAUCUCUGGGGAUACGGCUUCAGCAAGUUCAUCACCGUGUGGAUCGAUGAGAGCGGGUUUGUGAAACCGAUCAUGUUGAACAUGUGUCUGGCAACGCUGUGGUGUCUCUUUGCCAUCCCAUGCUACUUUUAUGGAAAGAAGUUCCGAGGGUGGACGGCCAAGUCUUGGGUGCAUAAGAUGUAG